CAACUCUUCGUCCUUCUCUUAUGGCAUCCAGUCGCGGAAAAUCAUUCUUACAAGAAGAAGAUCAAAUUUUAUGCGCUACAUGGCUUGAAAUAUCUCAGGAUCCAGUUUUAGGUUCCAAUCAAAAGAAAGACAAGCUAUGGGAGCGAAUUUCAGCUCUAUUUCACGAAAGGAUUUCCAACGUUUACACCGGACAUAGGAGCCCGAAGUCUCUCUCAUGCCGAAUGCAAUUAAUUAUGAAAGCCAUCAGUAAAUUUCGAGGAUGCAUUCGACAAGUCGAGCGCCUCAAUCCAAGCGGUGCUUCUGAACUUGAUAUUAAUAAACGUGCUAGGAUCAUAUUUGCAGAAGAUCCAGAAGAGAAAAGAGGAUUUCUAUUUGAUCAUGUUUGGCCGAUUUUGAAGGAUGCAGAGAAGUGGGCAAAUAUAAGCGUCAUGCCUUCUGCAUCUUCCAAAAUUUCAAAGUCUCGCUUGUCUCAAGGAUCUGAUUCAAACUCUCCUGUCAUUGACUUAAAUGAAGACAAUCAGGCAUAUAGUCCUAAUGACGACGACCAUUCACCAAUGAGCAUUUCAACUAGUCGACCAAUUGGAAGGAAGAAAGAGAAGUUGAGAAGACGGAAAGAAAUUGAAAGGAACAUUGACUUUGAGGAUUUUGCUAAAGGAAAUCAAGAAAUCUUAGAAGUUUUAAAAAAAGGUAAAGAACAACGAGAAAAUGAAAGAUUGACAAUGAACCAGGCUAUGAUGUUAAAGGCUGAAAAUGAUAAGAAAAAGUUAGAACUUCAGCAAGAACGACAAGAGAAAGAAAUUAUGCUAGUUGAUCUGGAAGCUAUUACCGAUCCAACAAAACGCGAAUAUUUUCGAAAUAAACAACAACAGAUUUUAAAUAGAAAUAUAACUAGGGGUUCCUCAUCUGAUAUUCCUAAUCCUGAAUACAGUUACGCAGGAAGUCAAUACGGAAUACCUGACUACAGAGGAGGUGGAUACGGAGGAGUUGACUUUCCAGACUUUUAGUAUUUUCAUGUAUUAUGUUUUUCCUAUUUGUCAUGUAAUUUUCAAUUCAUGUUUUUGCUUUCUAUGUAAUAGUCGUGGAUUUAGUAAUAUGAAUGUCUGUUUAAUUUAA